CGCAGACGCAGAACCAUUCAUUGCAAAAUUUUAUGCAAGGCUGUAGCGAAUAGAUUUGCUGCUACAGCAUGAAAUUUACCGAAUUUCUUUCCGUGAAAGAAUAAACGGCAUGUGCGAUUACAAGAACCAGUGGAGGACUCUAGGCUGAAGUCGGACCAUAGGUGACCUUUUGCAUCAAAUAGGCAUUUACUUCGAAAGCAGGUUUAUUAUGGAGUGUGCACUUCUGCCAUAAACUGCAAUGAAGCUUCGUGCACUGCAUUAAUAGUAACAGACUGCUAACAUCUGCACAUUUUGGAGUGGCCAGCCAUCCGGUCGUCUAAAGAGAUGUGUCUAGUAUUCCAGUGGGCUGGAAUGGCUCGUGAGCCGGUGAUGCUGAACGUGUACGACAUGUACUGGAUAAAUGAGUACACUGCUCCGAUAGGAUUGGGUGUCUUCCAUUCUGGAAUCGAAAUUUAUGGCACAGAAUAUGCAUACGGCGGCCACCCGUUUCCCUGUACCGGCAUAUUUGAGAUUCCGCCAAAAUAUGCGGAGGACCUCGGGGACCAGUUCAAGUAUAAGCAAACUGUCCUGCUCGGCUACACGGACUUCAACCAGAGCGAUGUCCGCAAGAUUGUCGAAGAGAUGGGAAAAGAGUAUCGUGGGGAUCGCUACCACUUGAUGAACCGAAACUGCAACCAUUUCUCUGGUGGACUGGCAAAGACCCUUUGUGGGCAAGACAUCCCUUCGUGGGUGAAUCGGCUGGCCUACUUCAGCUCCUGCGUGCCCUUCCUGCAGCGGUGCCUGCCCCGCGAGUGGCUGACGCCUGUAGCCCUUCAAGCCUCCCUGCGGGAGGGGGGCUUUGAAUCGUCUCAGUCCACGCCUUCGCAACCUCUUUGACCACAGCCAACCUCCAGUAGGAAAAUUGUUGAAGAGGAGGUUUUCCUCUUCGUGCUCUGCAAUGCAGCGCUGCGUCUGCUGUUUCUAUUACGACGGAUCCUCACGCACAAGAUAAUCAUUCUCGAAGUGGGUGACAACACCGACACGAGCCCUUUUCUUUCAGCUCCGUUUAACCAAAGACUUCCUGCAACGAAAGUGCUGCUGAUAUUAUUCAUCACAUUUUGAAACGUGCCCAAGUCUUUACGCUGCCUUUUUUGCUAGCAUCUAUGCAGCUGUCUCUGUACAUAACCCAUUUUGCACCCCCAGGCUACAGGCUCUAAGUUUGUCACAUAUUUUAUAAUGGCUGCAUAUUUUUACACAAGUAUAGACACAAGUAAGGGUGCUCACCUAUCGAGCUUUGUGCACUUCUUUUCAUGAAUGUCAUGACGCUGUAACUCUCUGUGUAAUGUUUGAGGCGUACGCGCCUGUAUUGGCUGCGUCUGGUAUUUUUGACGAGGGGCCGAUUACUGCCACAAUCUCUCUUCAGGGUAUGAAAUGUUGAGAAUUACAUACGGUUAGUACCCACACCUCCCCGGUCACAUUGUUGAGAACACUUCUUAGCUACCACUCUUGUCUGGUUGAGUUUGUGGCGCAAUGCGAAAAAGCGUGUAAACUAGUGAACCAUUUGCACUAGUGAGCUAGUGAGCACUGCACACGGUCGUACUUACCCGAAAACCCGAGCACAGCCAGUGGGCCGAGCCAGGUAAAGCUUUCUUUUUGCGGGCCCGGGCUUGGCUUGGGUUUGACCAUUAUGGGCCCGGCCCGGGCCCAUACAUAGCCGGGCCCAGGUCAGGCUCGAGCGCGUGUUACCCCUCUCUUCAUUAGCCACGGUAAAAUUUUACAGCCUGAUACAGUGGGCCGGGCCGUGUAGCUUCCCAAGCAGCACAACAUAUUGGACCAAUAUUGGCAAUGUCGGCUUAAGAUUGAACCAAUACUGGGCCAGUAUUGCCAAAAUUGGGUUGUAUUGCCAAUAUUGAACCAAGAUUGGACCAAUACUGGACAGUAUUGCCAAUAUUGAACCAAGAUUGGGCCAAUACUGGGCAUUGUUGCCAAUAUUGAACCAAGAUUGGACCAAUAUUGGACCAACACUGGGCCAGUAUUGCCAAUAUUGGGCCAAGGUGUUGUGCUGCUUGGGUUAUAAAUUUCCCUGGCUUGGGCCGAGAAUUUUUUGGGCUCGGGCCGAGCCUGGGCCUAAAAAUGCGGCCUGUGCAGUGCUCUAGUACUCUUCUUAUCAGCACUGGGAACAUUACUUAUUCGCUCGUCGUUUACUUCGUACGACAUUUUUUAUGCGUUGUCCACACGUACACCAUUACACUUGGAAUCUAGAAGAGAUAGAAGCGAGAAUGGUGUGGUUGCUACGUGCCGAUAGGCCCCUCAAGAGGUGGAUGUCGUACGAAAUUUUAACAAUUACUUCCGCCACUGGCUUGCGUCACAUUUGCAUACCCACUAAGAUGAAACUCUGGCUGCUAGCUAUUUUAUCUGAAGCCUAACGUUUACUGGCAUUGCUUCGGCAAGAAACACAUUAGUCAUAGAUGAAUGACUAAGUCUCGUUGUAAUUCGCAGGCUUCAAAGAGUCACAUAAAAAAAAGAGAAACGCAACAAGACAUGUUAUAUAGCAUUGUUGUCUAAGUGUACCUGUUUGUAAGUGACACAGUUGUUGAACAACUUAUUUUAAUGACUCAGUGACAACAGCUUAGUCUGCUACAGUUAACUAUAAGUUUUAAUUAUUUCAUGUCUUAAUAAAUCACUACUUGGUCCUUAAACUAUGCAGCCACAUUGCUUACUCAUCUCAUUUUCCGUGGUAAUCUCAAUGCUGCAGGAAGUAAAACUUUCUUUUCA